AUGCUCAAAUACUUCGUAUUUCUCAAGUUGGUUUUAGUUUUUGUUCAGCACAAACUGAUAUUUGCAAUUCAGCCCACCACAAAGAACAACCAUGUUUUAGCCGGCCAUGUUUUUCAAGCCUAUACUGCAACAGACUGGUUCAACUGUCUACAAACCUGCCAUGAUGAUCCAAGAUGCAUCUCGUACAACUACCAGAGAUCGGAAGAAGCCAACGGUCUGUGUGAAUUGAAUGACUGUGGAGUUGGAGACUUUUGCGACAGAGAAGGGUCUCUCUUUCACUCCCCAGGAUUUGUGUUUCAGCAGAUAAGGACGAGUAAAGUGAGUGCUGUAUUAUGUAAAACAAGGUUGUAAUUCUGAUUUAGUAGUCGACGUCAUUUGUUGCAGUUCACAGCUCAAACUAGCUUCAAUUUUAACCAGCAAGUACAGUCACAGGUUUAAUUUUAUUUAUUUUGAAUUCAAUUUUCUGCGAGGCAGCUAAAGCCAGUGACGUUACUGUUUGUUAGUCAAAAUAAUUUCACAUUCCACGAAAGCUCAUGGGAUCAUGGGUAUCUCAAACACGAAACCUAUUUUCCAUCUACUUCGAUUUUUUCUAACAGAAAUAAAGACUUCCUCUUUUAAUUCUUCAUUUUAGGAGUGCAAACAUGUUUGUCUUUCUGCUAAUUUCCAUGCACUUUUAAUACGCUUCUUCUAAACAAAAAUCCCCUUUAUUUUCUCCAGGAAGCGUUUAAAUCUAAGACGUUUUAAAGACACCCUUUCCUUAUUCAAUCUAUCCAUUAAUUUCAUUAUUUGCUGGCUUAAGUUUUAUUUGAUCACUUAAACCAAUGUUUAUAUUACUUAAAAUUGCAGAGAAAUACGUCCGCUCGGUGCUUUUGCUCUUGAGUUUUUUUGUUUGAAAGUUUGCCUAAAUUGUUUAUCACUGCUGUCGGAAGCGUUAGCUAAUCGAAUAUAUCGGCUUUUUCACAUGCCUUGUCACAGUCAUGUUAAUUAUCAUUUGUUCAAAAAUGUUCAAACGAUAUCCAGGUGUCAAUUUGCCUUGCCUUUGCGUUAAGCUCUAAAUAUUCUUAUCCAAUUUUGUGUAUAGAAAAACCAGAAUUUAUUUUCGUUUUCCAGCAGAUAAAAACAAUUAUAAAGAAGGUAAGUAAUAUGAUUGAUAAAACAAAGUUAGUUCCAUGUCAAGUAAUAAAAGGCAUUUAAGGAAGUUGUCACUUAUCCGUUUAGAUUAAUUGUUUCUAACCCUACCAUCUACUUCAAUUUGAUGAGAACAUUUCCCUUGAUCCCCGAUUUUAUUCAUUUAUUCAUGAUUGAUAGAUUUUUAAAUUUAUUCUACCAUUUUGAUAUUAUUAGAAGAAAGCAAACUUAGCGUUUUAUAGGAUGUUCAGCAUCGGCAUCAUAAACAAACACUACUUAAUAUAUAAAGCGUUCGGAUAAGACUUAAUGUGAAUGAGGUAACAAAUCCGCAAAUCAAGGACAGCUUUCAGAGAUAACCUUUUAGGUACUGGGAAAUUUGAUGGUUACCUUCCAUCCCUUUCUUUCAUUAUUUAUGAUCAAUGAUUCAACUUUCAAUAAAUGAGGUGCUUGCAUCUUUACUUGACUUGUGAAGCAGACUUUUUGUCGAUUUGUCGGCAUACUUUUAUGGGCUUGAUUUAGCAAACCGAGCUUACUCCUUUGCUUUUAUCUUAAUGUUAGCACUGCCUGUAUAAUCUGAAUCUGUGAUCUUCACAAAGUGAGAAAGUAACGUUAUUUCGCUCUGAAUUCACUUCGAGCAUCGGCUGUGGCAAUUAAGAUUAUUCAGCAGCAGUCAAUUUUGUUCAAGGAGCUUCAAUCUCACGAGAGAGGUUUUGAAACCGUCUAAAACGACAGAUACUUAGAUCAGAGUCACCUGCACUUGCAGAAAGAAUAUACUCAAGGCUCAACUCUUUUAUCAACGAUUUGCCGGACGAUGCACUCGUACUCGAUGAUAAAAUUACCACGCUCGAACCUCUUAGUAAAAAGUGGGGCAUAACUGCUCAAGAUAUGUGGAAAUAUUACGACACAUGAUUGGAACCUUACUAAAAACUGACCGGCAAUCACUGUUUUGUCUUUGUUCGAAUUGCUUUGUCUCUAAUUUGCUGAACAACCAAACCUCGAUCGCAAUGGUGGGAAGUGUAAUUCAGAGAAAUGAGCAUAACUUCAGCAUAAUUUUCGAAGAAUCUAGGUGCUGCCAGAAGCAAAUCAUGCUACUUUUAUGAAUGCAAUCAACCCUACUGAGAGGUGUAACCGUUGCGAUAUUUUGAAAGGCAUUUUCCUAGAACAUUUCCGUCUUCCGUAAAUUAUCAAAAAAUUAUGGAUUUGUUUUCUGAAAUCUCUCUUGUCUGUUCAUCAUCACCAUUAUCACAAUUAUAUAAUUAUGUACUCGCUAUACGCCUUUUAGGUUAACGGGUGUUUAUCUUCCCACGGUAAAAACAGUUGCAUUUCGGAUAGAUCAGGUAAGCUCUUUAAUUUCCUUCUAAAAUUUCCGGGCAAAUUAUGAGAGCAAAAUUUAAAGUUUCCCAGUAAAAAUAAUAAUUCCAUAACAAUAUUACCUUGAGUGACAAUUUGUUUAGAUAAAAAAUAACGUAAUGAAUAUGAAUGCUUUUGUGAUGAGUGUGUUUUUCUUUCAGUAAUAGUUACUAAAAUCUUCUCCAAAGACUUAUUAAGAAAUUGUUUAUCGUCAACUUUAUACAAACUUGUGGCUUCUAGUCAUGACAACAUGUGAAUGUUAAUUGUUGAUGUUAUAUUUGUAGGCUGAUAAUUCUAGGGUAUGCAGGGAUACAAAUGUCAUUACAUACUUCGAACUGAUUUUUCGGAAGAAAACAUCGGAACUAAUAUUGUCCCUAAUUGAGCUUUUGCAGGUGGAACUCAUCUUUUUAGGAUAUCAUCAAUUUUUGGGGGGGGUUACUUUAACAAAUAUAUCCUCAUUAAGAAAACAGGAUAACCCUUUAUUUCAAAUAGGCCCAUCAGAUCGUGUCUAAACUUAGGACCCGCCCGAAUUCGAUAAGCUGCCUAAAUUUAGCAAGUGUAAUGUUUCUGACCCCUUGAUAUGAUAGGCUGGUCCUAAGUCGGGAGUGUUCCAGUGCGUCAGUGAUCUUUACCGCUGGUGUUGAGAAGAUCGCAGGCGCACCAAAACAUCAACCAAGAAGACUGAGGAUCUGCUCUCGAAUAUUUCAUUGUUAACCGAAACUAGCCUACAUUUCAGUUCCCAGGACUUCUCCAAAAAAUGUCACGAUGGUAAACAAAACGUACAAGAGCAUUUUUAUCACAUGGGAUGCUGUGCCAACGAAUCAGACAAAUGACGAAAUUUUCGGAUAUGAAGUAGAAUAUUCGAUAAUAGAAGGAGGUCAACCGGCAUGGGAGAAAAGAAAAGUGUUUAGUGUUCCCGACGUACAUUUCAACCUUACAGGAUUAAUUGUGAACAGAAGGUAUGAAAUCAAAGUGCGGGCCUACAACCAGUGUGGGAAUGGUCCGUCAAGUGAGGUCCUCUGGGUAAAGACGGACGAGAGAAGUAAGUAACAUCUUUUCAUAUAUCAUAUGAUCCUCACUGUCCCGCACGUGCAAUGCCGUAGAUAACCAUAGUGAAAGCUAGCGAGUGUAAGGCGGGACGUGUUGACGUGAGCCUGUUGGGAAAAUAAACCAUCCGGCCUCGCACUCACAUAGCUCUUUUGCAUUUUCCGAGAAGAGGAUUAAAAUUGUGUAAUUUUAAAUAAAACAAAUGAUAAAGUGAGUUUCACUUCUCGGUGCAUUCUGAUUUUCUUGUUCUGCCUCGAAGAUAAAAAAUUAUUAUGAACUACAUUUGAAGUGUUCUGGCUACACGUUUGUGAAUUUUUUAUGUUUUUUAGAAUAUCUUGUAGUCUUUGCGCAAGUCUUGUGAGCCUUGUUUUGUCCUGCGAUACAAGGGCACACAUAUAGUUCCGCUUUUAAGUGAUUUGUCCUUGACUGCUAUAAUGGGGCUUAAUGUCGGACAGUAAUCGCCACCACUAGUCGUGUUUGAGUUCGUCUACCGACCUUACUUUAAGUCCUCAACUUGAGCUUUUGGUUAGGUUUUAGUUCUCGAAGAUCGUGUGUUUUCUUGGCUUGAUGUAUCGAGUACUUUGUUGUUCAUUUCGAAAGUCUCGUGAAAUUGUUCGAGAUAAUCCUCUAGAGAGAUGUUUAAUCUACCAAAGUCAGUGUUCCCGCAAGCCCCCACUUGCCUACCGACAGGAUAGUAAAGAGCGUUUACUUAAGGCUAAAUUAGGUAUUGAGAAAAAAGCGGCGGUUGACCCGAAUAAAAGUUCUUGAUCAGACUCCUGAUGCCUCUCGUUUGCGCGCUGUGUUCGAGCCAGUUUACCACAACAGUCCAACAAAAUAUACAAGUUAGCUCUAGAUUAUUUUGCUAGAUUUUCAAUUGGCGCCCUUCUGUGUGCGAGUUCCAGCGCUAAAUGAUCAUAUAACAAAAUGCUUAUUGACUGAGUUUUGUUAGACCAGACCAGAAAAAUAUGUGGCUCGAGGUAAUGCCGUACGGACAGAGUUCACUUCGAGCCAAAUAUUUUCCUUCCCGGCCCUCCCGCUCACUCAUUAAGUACAUAAAAUGUGGUUGGCUUCAGGGCCUAAGGUGGCGCCUCCAAAUAUUAUCGCAGUGAGAGUGAAUUCGUCCUGUGUACUGGUCUCCUGGGAAAGGAUACCCAAUGGUAAACGACGGGGCUUGAUACAGAAAUACAGAGUAAAUAUUACAUCAAAGAUCUCCAACGAAACAACAAGUCGCGAAGUACAAGCGCCAACACAGUAUCUGGAGAUCGUUGGCAUAAAUGUGGACUCAAAAUUUACCAUUACUGUGGAGGCUGCGAAUAGCAAAGGAUUUGGACCAGUCAGUGAGCCUGUUAAUAUAACUGCUGUUCCGUAA